AUGUUUACUGCCUGCGAGCUGGGUGUAUUUGAUCUUCUGUUGGAAGAUGGAGGUCCACUGUCUGCCAAUACUGUUGCAGAGAGGCUUGGCACCAGUGCGGAUGGCAUGGACAGACUUCUCACUGCGUGUGUUGGACUUCAGCUUCUGGAAGUCAAAGAGCAUCAAGGAGAAGCCUUAUACAGUAAUACAGAUCUGUCCCAAAUUUAUUUGACCAAGGCAAGUCCCAGAACCCUCUAUUAUUCAGUGGCAUACUAUUCACAGACCAUUUAUCAUUGCUUCGCCUACCUGACUGAUGCUAUCAGGGAAGGGAAAAGCCAAUAUGAGAAGGCGUUUGGAAUUUCCUCGCAGGGACUCUUUGAAGCUCUCUAUAGGUCCGAGGAGGAAAUGUUGAAGUUCAUGCAGCUGAUGAAUUCAAUUUGGAAUAUCUGCGGAAAAGAUGUGGUAACGGCCUUUGACCUUUCAACUUUUACCAACAUCUUUGAUCUUGGCGGAUGUACUGGUGCAAUAGCCAAGGCAUGUAUCUCUGCAUACCCACAGUCAAACGUAACUAUUUACGACCUACCCAAAGUCCUGGAAAUGGCAGGAAAACACUUUGUGUCCCCGGUUGAAAAACGGAUUACAUUUCAUGAAGGAGACUUCUUCAAAGACCCUAUACCUGAUGCUGACCUCUACAUUCUGGCUAGAAUAAUUCAUGACUGGACUGAGGACAGAUGCCUGGAGCUACUUACCAGGGUUAACAAAGUUUGUAAACCAGGCAGUGGAGUGCUGCUGAUUGAAGCAUUGUUGAAUGAGGACCGAAGAGGCCCCAUCACAGCCCAGUUGUACUCUCUGAAUAUGCUGGUGCAGACAGAGGGGAAAGAACGAAUGCCCUCAGAGUAUGUAAGCCUUCUGGAAUCAGCUGGAUUUAAGGAUGUGCAAGUCCGAAGGACAGGAAAACUUUAUGAUGUCAUUUUAGGGAGGAAGUGAACCAUCGGGUCUAUUUUUCACUCUGGCGGGGCGUUGUUGAGGCAAAGUAUGUAGUUAUGCUGAAGGGGAAGGUAAGUCUAGCAGAUCAAAAGCACUCCCUUCAAUAAAAUGUGUGGAAAAAAACUUUAAAUUUUCUUUAUGUUUAGCAGCUAAUAUAACCAAUUGUAAU